AUGGAAUCAUCGAUGCAUUCCUCGUACUACAAGUCAGCGUUCUCAAACCCACAACUCUCAAAGAAAACCGGCAGUUCGGACACAUUUGUCAUAUCCACCGCUGAUUCGCCGACGAAACACUCAACGGUGACUGUGAACGCAAUUCAACUGUGCGCCAUCGGUGGCACAGAAGUAUUCGGCUCUUUCCGAUCCGAUGGCACAAUGGGCGCUGGCGACUCUCAGUGCCCCAUCGAGGAAGAACGGGAAGCAGCUCGUGAAGCAGCCAGACUUUUCCGGCUUGAAGGCUGUACCAAGGCUGACGUUGCGGAACGACUCAAUGAUAGGUCAGAAUUCUCGGCAAUGGUUACCACCAAAUAUCUGGAGCUUUUUGUCUUCACUAGUCUACGAAUAGAUGCGGCCCUGAGAGAUUUCCUCUCAAGAGUCGAACUGCAUGGUGAUUCAGCGGAACGUGAACGCCUGUUGCGCUUUUUCUCAGCUCGAUAUCAUCAAAGCGAUCCAAGCCUCUUCAAAAGCGUCGAUGAAGUACACACGCUCACAUGUGCUCUGCUACUUCUGAAUGCCGAUUUACAUGGCCAGAAUCUGGGAAAGAAGAUGACAAUUCGAGAUUUUAUUAACAAUAUCGCUCACACUGGCGUACACUACAAACGUGAUCUGCUGAAAGCGCUCUACAACAGCAUCAAAGAGCACGAGAUCGUUCACGCAAGCAAAUUCGAGAAACCGGCGAAAAGGAGCAGUUCGAAGCGGUCGUGCGUUUCUCGCCAGCUGCUUCUCGAAGUGGAUCCAGAAUCACAGGUGGAGUAUAAAUGCGGCUAUAUCAUGCGAAAAUGUGUGUACGACGCAGAUGGUGCAAAAACUCCAUUCGGCCGUCGUGGUUGGCGUGAAUGGUACGCGCGCCUUCGCGGUCUAGCGCUUUAUCUUGGCAGGGAUGACAGUGAUAAGAAGCGAAGCAGAUACGAGAUGUUUAACAAUGCGAUAUUGCUCCAUCACGCCUUCGCCGAGCCUGCUCCAGACUACAAGAAGAAGCAGUACAUAUUUCGGCUGAGAACUGCCGACCUUGGCGAAUUCCUGUUUCAAACCACUAGCGCUGCGGAAGUUGAUGACUGGGUUAACCAGAUCAAUUUUGUCUGCGCCCGAUUUUCAUCGAGGGCAUUGCCACCUCCGGCUUGUUCCAAUGGUGCAUUUUCGAGGAUUCGUCUGCCAAAGCUACCCAGCUCGGCUCCAUUGGCGCAGCAGCUCAAGGCACAUGAAUCGGCUGCUUGUGAACUUCGAGAGCAGCUGGCACGUGUUCGGCAAGAAGCACCACCGCUGAAGUCAAAAGGACGGCCGGUUGAGGAAUUUUUCUUCAAAGAGCGAUAUCUUACUCAGGAGAUUCAACGCUACGACACUUACUGUCAUCUCCUACGAUCUCGUCUACCUGGUGGCGGUUGUGAGCUGGGCGGAGCUCCGUCUGACUCCACCUCCGGUGUGCAUUCCAAAUCGGAUAUAGCCGAUGAGCUCGAUAAAAUGAGCUAUCGAGAAGCGAUGAAUCACUGA